UUCGGCUCUGUCGUCAUCUCACCAGGAAGAGAAACAGCAGCGGUGUGAGUGCUCCGCGAAAGCAUACGACGACUACUACUACUGCUUGAUUAUUAUUGUUCAUAUUUAUACGUUGUACGAAAAUCUUCUGUGAUCGACCCAACAAUUUGUUAUGUUCCACAAAGUUCAUCAUGCCUGAGGAGAUGCAACAAGCUUUAAUCGAGAGAGGAGACGAUAAGGGCAGGUGCAGGCCGCUUGAGGUUUGCAUGUCUGAGUUCGACACCCAAGUUGUCGGCAUCCUGGGCACUGGCGACUUCUCCCGCUCACUUGCCAGAAGACUGGUCGCCUCCGGCUACCGGGUGGUGGUCGGGAGUCGAACCCCCAAACACGCUGUUGCGCUCUUCCCUGAAGAGGCAGAGGUCACCUCCCAGCUGGAGGCAGCCAGCCAAGCAGAUGUGGUCUUUGUCGCCAUCUUCCCUGAGCACCACGCCACCCUGUUGGAGCUGAAGACGGCGCUGGCUGGAAAGAUCCUGGUGGAUGUUAGCAACAGCUCGCAGAUCAAGCGAGCCGGACCAUCCCAUGCCGAACGACUGGCUGACAUGUUUCCUGAGAGCUUUAUAGUGAAAGGUUUGAACACAAUCUCAGCAUGGGUGCUUCAGACCGGAUCUCGAGAUGGAAGCAGGCAGGUGUUCCUGUGCAGUGACAGCAGUAAGGCCAAGAGCACAGUCCUGGCAAUGUGUCGCAGGAUGGGCUUCUGUCCUGUGGAUAUGGGUCUGCUCUCCUCUUCUCGGGAGAUUGAAAAUCUCCCCUUUUAUCUGUUUCCUUCCUGGGGCACGCCCAUCCUCAUCACAUUGAUUCUCUUCAUCUUCUUCUACCUCUACAACUUUGUCCGUGAUGUCGUGCAUCCACUCGUCAAAGCGAAGAAGAGCGUCUUCUACAAAAUGCCCAUUGAAACUGUGAAUGUCACUUUACCUUCCGUCGCCUUGGUGAUGCUUGCCCUCGUCUACAUGCCGGGCUUGCUUGCCGCGUUGGUCCAGUUAAGGCGGGGCACCAAAUACGAUCGCUUUCCUAACUGGCUCGACAAGUGGCUCACCAAGAGGAAGCAGUUUGGAUUGUGCAGCUUCCUGUGUGCUGCCAUGCACGCCAUCUACAGUCUAUGUCUGCCCAUGAGGCAGUCAGCUCGCUUCAGGUUGCUCAACGAUGCUUUCAAACAGGUGAAAGAGGGUGUGGAGGACGCGUGGAGUGACGAGGGGGUGUGGAGAAUGGAGCUGUACGUCUCAGUGGGCAUCAUCGCGCUCGGGCUGCUCUCCUUGCUGGCCAUCACCUCGCUGCCCUCCGUGGCUGACAACAUCAACUGGCGAGAGUUCAGCUUUAUACAGUCCACUUUGGGCUACUGCACCCUGUCCAUGGCCACGGUGCAUACACUCCUCUUCGGCUGGGACCGCGCCUUUGACCCGAGCCAAUACCGCUUCCUCUUGCCACCCACUUUCAUGGUGGUCCUCAUCCUCCCUGUCUCAGUUCUGUUGGUCCGCCUCAUUCUCCUGCUGCCCUGUAUUGCGCAACAGCUCCGACAGAUCCGCCGCGGAUGGGAGAGGAGCCGGCACAUCCGCUUCAUCCUGCCCAACGACGACCGUGUCACCGGCUUCGAUAAUGUCAGCCAUGUUUGAAAAAUAGUUAAACACUUAAAGUAAUUGGUUGCACACGUGUAAUGUUGUAGAAAUGUUUGUUGUUUCAACAAUUGGAGAAAACAGAAAUCAUUUAAUAAUGAUCAUCAUGAGACAUGAAGGCAGUCCGUUGACCCUCAACAUUGAUGCCCUGUGCAAUUUGUAGGAGUAGCAAGCUUCUCUGCUGGAUUUUGAUUUCCAAUUUCUUUCUUUCUGUUGAUUUACUGACUGUGAUUCUGGAGGCUCGCUUCAGAUUCAUCUGUGCCAAAACCUGUUUGUCGAUACACUGCUACAUUUUCUUUUUGUGAUUUUUGGUUAAUAUAUUUUCUAAUCACUUUG